UUACCUCAGAUAUGGCAACCUCGAGUGAAAGAUUUUAGAGGAUUUCCUGUUUCCGGAAUUCCGCACCGACUGACUGGCUGUCGGCGAAUGAAAUUAACAAAGACCUACAAAUCAGACUUCAACACCUCCAUCAUUACCUGGAAACAUGGACACAGGCCUGAGUCAUGAAAAAACAUCUAGUUUUAUGAAGCGUUUUCGCUCAGAACCUCGAUAUUUGCUGGCCCAAAAUGUCUCGACCUGUAUCGACCCAUUAGAGGUGUGCCUGCACAGGCAGACAGUCCAGGACACAGUGCACGUUUUCCAGCACAGCAUCCCAACAGAAGGCAAGCCUGUCACCAACCAGAAAAACACAGGGAGAUGUUGGAUAUUCUCAUGCCUCAAUGUCAUGCGCCUUCCGUUUAUGAAGAAGUUUAACAUUGAAGAAUUUGAAUUCAGUCAGUCUUAUCUUUUUUUCUGGGAUAAGGUGGAGAGGUGCUAUUACUUUUUGCAAGCCUGUGUAGAGACAGCUCAGCGAAAGGAGCCAGUAGAUGGCAGACUGGUUCAGUUUCUGUUAUCAAAUCCUACCAAUGAUGGCGGACAGUGGGAUAUGUUGGUUAACCUUAUUGAAAAAUAUGGUGUUGUUCCAAAGAAGUGUUUCCCUGAAUCUCACAGCUCGGAGGCGUCCCGUAGAAUGAACGAUAUCCUUAAUCACAAGUUAAGAGAGUAUUGUCUAAGGCUAAGAAACAUGGUGGCCAGUGAAUCCUCUAAAACUGAGCUGUCUGACGCUAUGGACACCAUGAUUGAGGAGGUGUUUCGAGUGGUUAGCGUAUGUCUUGGAAGUCCUCCAGACACCAUCUGUUGGGAAUACCGGGAUAAAGAAAAGAACUUCCACCGCUUGGGCCCCCUGACUCCUCUGGAGUUUUACACAAAGCACGUCAAGCCCCUUUACAAUCUUGAAGACAAGGUUUGUCUGGUUAACGACCCUCGGCCCCAGAACUCAUAUGGAAAACUGUACAGCGUGGAGUUCCUGAGUAACAUGGUGGCUGGCCGUAGGACACUGUACAACAACCAGCCCAUCGAGCUGCUAAAGAAAGCUGCUGCAGAUUCAAUCAAAAGUGGAGAGGCUGUAUGGUUCGGCUGUGACGUAGGCAAGCAUUUCCAUGGCAAACUGGGCAUCAACGACAUGAAUGUGUUUAACCAUGAGCUGGUGUUUGGCGUCUCUGUGAAAAACCUAUCUAAAGCCGAAAGAUUGAUUUACGGAGACUCACUGAUGACACACGCCAUGAUCCUCACCGCCGUUACUGACAAGAAUGGAAAGGAGGGGCGAUACGAGAAGUGGCGUGUGGAGAACUCGUGGGGUGACGAUCGUGGGAAUAAAGGAUAUCUGAUCAUGACAGAUGAGUGGUUCUCGGAGUACGUGUACGAGGUGGUUGUGGAUAAGAGUUUCGUCGCUCCUGAAGUGCUGGAGGUCAUGCAUCAGGAUCCCAUUGUUCUCCCGGCCUGGGACCCCAUGGGAGCUCUCGCAUAGCCAAGGAAGCCAAUUCGAUCUCACCCUCUUUUUCAUUGACUCUGCCCUGACUGAUUUUAUCCCUCCCAUCAUUCUCCACCAAAUCUUGUUCUAGAUAAAAAAAUAAAAAAAAUUGUUUUCUGUUUUAUUAUAA